AUGGGUCUCCCCGAUUCCGCCCUCGCGGCUGGAGGAGCCGAAGCUCCGUUCGACAUUGUCGGCACCUACCAGCGCCUCUUGACCGAGGAUCCCGACCUGACCAUGCCUGUUGCUGCCAUUGAGGCUCUCGUCGCCGCUCUGUCCGCCUCCGAUACAAGCACCACCACCGAGACUCUUGCCCUGCUCUCCGCCUACACCAACAAGCUCAAGGCCGCCAUUCCCAACCCCAUCUCCCUCUCCGCCGGCACCGACCUCUUCCAGCGCUACCUCAUGACCUCUGUCCGCCCUGGCGUCGACUUCUCCAAGACGCGCCAGCACCUUCUCAGCAACGGCCGCCUGUUCGUCGAGCGCGCCAAGGCUUCGCGCGACAAGAUUGCCUCGUUCGGAAAGCACUUCAUCCGCGACGCCAACACCAUCCUGACCAACGGCGGUUCUCGUGUCGUGAGCGCCCUGCUGCGUUCCGCCGCCGAGUCGGCCGGCGGCUCUCAGGGCUCCGUCCGCUUCCGCGUCAUCUACGUCCUCGCCGUGCCCGACCCGGCCAACCCCUCGACCGAGGCCGCGACCAAGCACGCCGAGGGCACCGAGAUUGUGCGUGCCCUGCGCGCCCACGGCGUCCCCGUCGCCACCAUCCCCGAGGCCGGCGUCGCCUACGCCAUGGGCAAGGUGGACAUGGUCAUUGUGGGCGCCGAGGGCGUCGUCGAGAACGGCGGCAUCAUCUCCCGUCUCGGCACCUACCAGCUCGGCGUCUUGGCCAAGAACGCAAACAAGCCCUUCUACGUCGUUGCUGAAAGCCACAAGUUCGUCCGCCUGUACCCGCUCGGUCAGUACGACCUGCCUAUCGAGCAAAAGGUCAUCCAAUUCCGCGUUGGCUCCGACGAGCGCGUUGUCGAGGAAGAAGGAAGCAAGAGCUCCGGCAAGGCGGAUAUCGGCGUGCGGAAGGAGAAGUGGGCGGCGGGUGCGGUGGAUGAUGCUGUCGACUUCACGCCUCCCAACCUCAUCUCUGCCCUGAUCACCGAGUCCGGUGUUCUCACCCCUAGCGCAGUAUCUGAGGAGCUGAUCAAGAUUUGGUUCUAA